UGAUAAUUUCUAGGAUUCCUCGAGGUGGACUACGUUGUUGUAGCACAGAAGAGUUUAGUCAUGGCGAAGCAUUGCAAAAUAAUUCAAUUGAAAACUUUAGUAACGCCAACAGCAACUAACUACUUCUACCCACAAUCUUCAUGCUCUGUCUCCUCCGCCCUGCAACACUACAUUAACUCAGAUCACCCUGCGCACGGCCAAAAGAUCCAUUCCUACAUUCUGAAAGCUGGGUUCGAACCCAAUACCAAUAUCUCGAUCAAGCUCCUAAUACUCUACAUCAAAUCUUCCUGCCUCUCUUACGCGCGCCGGGUGUUCGAUGAAUUGCCUCAACCAACACUCUCGGCUUAUAAUUAUAUGAUUUCGGGGUAUGUAAAGAGCGGGAAAGUCCAGGAAGCUUUUGAUUUGGUUAGGAAACUGAGUUUUUCCGGUGAAAAUGGCGAUGGGUUCACGUUUUCAAUGGUCUUGAAGGGGUCUACUUGCUUGGAUGUUGGAUCGCACACUGGCUUUAUAGCGAGGCAUGUUCAUGCCCAGAUAUUGAGGUGUGGUGUUGGUGGUGAUGAUGAUGUGCUUUAUACUGUGUUGGUUGACUCCUAUGUUAAGAGUGGGAGGGUGCACUAUGCUCGGAAAGUGUUUGAUUUAAUGUUGGAAAAGAAUGUGGUUUGCUCUACUUCAAUGAUAACUGGGUACAUGAACCAAGGGAAUGUGGGUGAUGCAGAAGAGGUGUUCAAGAAAACAAUGACAAAAGAUGUGGUUGUUUUCAAUGCCAUGAUUGAAGGUUAUAGCAAAUCUAUUGAAACUGCUAAGAAAGCAAUUGAGUUUUAUAUUCUCAUGCAAAGAUUGGAAUUUGAGCCCACGAUUUCUACAUUUGCAAGCUUAAUUGGGGCUUGCUCUGCCUUGGCAGCUUUCGAAGUUGGCCAGCAAGUCCAAGGACAACUCAUGAAGACUCGAUUCAUUGAACACGUAAAAAUUGGAAGUGCUUUGAUAGACAUGUAUUCAAAGUGUGGGCAAACUGAGGAUGCGAGAAGAGUUUUUGACCACAUGCCUGAAAGGAAUGUAUUUUCAUGGACUUCAAUGAUUGAUGGAUAUGGGAAAAGUGGAUAUCCAAAUGAAGCUCUUGAUCUAUUCAACAGAAUGCAAGUAGACCAUCGUGUUAAACCGAACUAUGUUACAUUUCUUAGUGCUCUUUCUGCCUGUUCACACGCUGGGCUAGUUGCUAAAGGAAAGAACAUUUUUGACAGCAUGGAGAAGGGUUAUUCAAUGAAGCCAAGGAUGGAGCAUUAUGCCUGCAUGGUUGAUUUGUUAGGCCGUGCAGGGAGUCUAAAUCAAGCACUGCAGUUUGUAAUCAGUAUGCCCGAAAAGCCAAAUUCCGAUGUUUGGGCAGCUUUGCUUAGUUCUGGUAGACUGCAUGGAGAUGUCGAAAUCACUGAUUUAGCUGCUAAGGAACUCUUCAAUUUAGGCGGUGAUUGUCGGCCAGGGGCAUAUGUUGCACUAUCAAAUACUUUGGCGGAGGCUGGUAAAUGGGAUAGUGUAAGUGAACUUAGAGAGUUAAUGAAGUUACGAGGAAUAUCAAAAGGCACCGGCUUCAGUUGGGUUGGGAGAGAUGGAGGUCUAGAAGCUUUUCAUGCGGGAUAACAUAUUUAAACAAGGUAUAUGUUACCGAAAGCAAGAAGAAUCUCAUGAUGCUGUUUUAGUUCUAUUGCAG